AUGGCCACCACCUUCUCGCAGCUGCAGCGCUACGGCCGCAUCUACUCGGGCGGGAAGGUCGCCGUCUCUGCCGACGGUGCGCUGCUUGCCGCCGCCUGCGGCGACUCCAUCUCGCUGGUCGACCUCGCGACCGGCCGCCUGCUGCUGUCUGUGGGUGCAGAGGGGGACGAGAUCACCGCCUUUGCGAUCCACCCGUCCCUGCCCGAGCUCGUGCUCGCCGGGAGCUCGCGCCACCUUCGCCACGUGCGCUACAGCGCCGCUGCCGGCUCGAGCGAGCAGGUGCGCGCCUGGCGAGCGCACAAGCUUCCUGUCGUGGACCUAGCCUUCGAGCGGACGGGCACGCUCGCCGCCUCGGCCGGCGCCGACGGCGCGGUGAUGGUCUUCGACGUGGCCAAGGGCUAUGCGACACACGUCUUUCGCGGCCACGAUGGCGUCGUCCACCGGGUCGCAUUUUCUCCCGCGUCAUCGACACGGCUCGCCUCGAGCGGCGCUGACCACAGCGUCCGCCUCUGGGACCUGGCGACGCGCGAGUGCGCGGCGGUGCUCUCGGCGCACGUCGGCGCCGCGCGCGCACUCGCCUGGUCCGCGGACGGCGCCACUCUUCUCUCGGGAGGCGCCGACCAGAUGGUCAACGUCUGGGACUGCCGCGCUGCAAGGCUGACGUCGUCGAGGCUGACCUCGUCGCUCGCUGUGCUCGAGGGAGUGGAGGCGAUCGCUGUCGACCCGCCGCCGCGGUCGGCCGAGCGGUCCGCGGAGCCGCCCAAGGACAAGACGCUCAAGAAGUGGGACCUCUCCCCGCUGCUCGCGGGCGGCGGCGGCGGCAAGACAAAGAAGAAGGGCGCUACCGCCGCGAGCGGCGAGGAGGCCCCCACACUCUCGUGCCUCGCCACAGUCCUCGCGCACUCCAAGGAGGUGAACGCGCUCGCGGUCGCUCCAAACGACCGGCUGGCCAUCACCGGCUCGCAAGACCGCUCGACGGCGGCGAAGGGACGACACUUGCCGGCGGACGGUGGCUCGCCGCUCACCGAGGCGGAGGCGGAGCUGCUAGCGGAGCUCUCCUCGCCACCGCGCGACAUGCAGACCACCCUGCAACCGUCUCAGAAGUACACGCGUGCCCACCCGCGGCUCGCCUUUCCGCUGCUUCUGCUGCUCGUGCUGGAGGCCCUCCGCAACCUCCUCCCGGACGAGCACAGCCAGGAGGCGUUUUCCGGCGUCACGGACGACCACAACCUGCUGCUGCUCGACGCAACCACGCUCGAGCUCCGCCGCACCAUCGUCGGCUACAAUGACGAGAUCACCGACAUGCGCUACGUCGUGCGCCAGGGCGGCGGCAGCGGCGGCCGCGGCGGCGGCGAGAUGCAGCUUGCCGUGGGCACCAAUUCGGAGCAGGUGAGGCUGUGGGACCCCGCCACCGCGGAGUGCGUUGGCCGCUGCGUCGGCCACAUGGAUGCCGUCGGCGCGGUCUGGACCCUCGCGGCGGACGGAUCGGCCGCCAUCCGACCCGAGCCCGCAGCCACCCUGACCGGCCACCGGCGCGCCGUCUGGACCGCGGUGCGCUUCCUGCGAGGCGGCGCGCUGCUCGCCUCCUCAGGCUCGGACGGGCUGGUCAAGGUCUGGUCCAUCAAAGGCCAAGAGUGCGUCGCCACGCUCGACGCGCACGAGGACAAGGUCUGGGCCAUCGACGCUUACGAGCCGCCCUCGAGGGGCGCUACCGGCGGCGGCGAGGGCGGCGGCGAGGGCGGCGGCGAGGGGGGCGGCGAGGGCGGCGGCGAGGGCGGCGGCGAGGGGGGCGGCGGCGACCCCAGAGGCCUUGGUGAGCUCGUCUCGGGCUCUGCCGACUCGGUCAUUGCCUCUGCCGAGGCGGAGCAGUCUCUGCAGGAGGAGCAGGCGCUGGCGAACGCGCUCGCCUCGGGCGCCGUGGCGUCGGCGUUCCGUGCGGCGCUCGCACUGCGCCGACCCCGCGCCCUCCUGACGGUGCUGCAAGGUCUCCCGAGCACCGAUGCCGCCGAUGCUUCCCUGCGCGAUUGCGUGCGAGCCGCCGCGGACGACGAUCUGGCCUUCUGCCUCGAGUGCUCGCGCGACUGGCAGCCGCGCCGCGAGCGGCCGACGAGAGCCGCCGCCCCGCGGUCGACGCGUGCAGCGCAGGCCCUGACCGGCCACCGGCUGCUUCACGCGGUCCUCCGAGCGGUUCCGGCCCGCAAGCUGGCGGCGGUGCGGCACUAUGAGCGGCUCGACCGGCUGCUCGUCGGGACCCACUUCCUCGGCUACACCCUCUCCUCCAUGCGGCUGCUCCGGCCGGACGCCGCGAGCGCUGCGACCGCCGUCGGAUCAUCCGCCACCGCGAUGCCGCCUCGCGCCGCCGAGACGGUUCGUGUGGCGGAUCCAGCCGCCGCGCCGUUGGGGGGCGGCGUGGUCGACGCGCUCACGCUGCUUGCCACGGCGCUUGGAGAGGCGGCGGACGAGGCGGCGGAGGGCGAGGGGGGCGGGGGGGGCGGGGAGAGCGAGGGUGGGGAGGAGGAGGCGGAGGGGGAGGCGGAGGGGGGCGAGCGACCUCAGGCCGAGGGCGAGGCGGAGGCUGCCGUGCACUGGAGCAUCUCGUAG